CCAGUUUCCAGCCGGAUUCCCGUGGCUGUUUGUGGGACAGAAAGAAUUUUCUAAUCCGUCAUCAUUGUACCAAUUGUCUAUAAAAAUUAAUGUGCGAGUGAAGCUCUUUCACAGGGGGGGCUAUCAAUAUCCAAAUCCCAGUACAUGAGUACAAAAAACGAAAUGAAUGACUCUGAAGAUUUCAAGAGCCAUUGUUUGUUUUCCAGGAAGGCCAAAAUAGAAGCAACGACCAAAUAGAUGGCACCGGGAUGAGUCUAGGCAGCAAGAAAGGAGUCAGGGUGACUGGAAAGUAUGUGCCUCCGGUGGAUUGGAACAGCAGAGGAGGUGGCCCAUCCAUCGUCCACGGUCCCGUCAGUACCCCAGUAACUCCCAACACUCCCACAGUUAUCUCCAUUGGCCCUCUGCCUCACCAGCCCCCAGAGCAAGUUGAUGAUCCCUCUGUGGAUGAAGCUGACGCUGGGGAUGACUGGACCACAGAGGCAUCAUGUCAAACCAGGUUGUCCUAUGGUAAAAUGGGUGUUCCAAGGCAGACCAUGGAAGAGCUGAAGACCAUCCUGAGGGUCAGUCCCCUGCUCAGUAUCCGGGAAAGACAUGAGGGGAAACCAGGGAGUCCCUACACAUAUCUCCACGGAAGCAGCACUAGUGGUGGAGGGACGGACGGACGGCAGGAUGAUGGAAACUCUCACAGGGCGUUCAGCACCUUCAAACCACACUCUGAUGCUUCCAGAAGGGGGCCCAGAUCCAGAGGUAGCACAUCUAUUCAGCUGCCCUCCACCAUGGAUUCAUCCAGCUCGUUCAGGUUCAGUGCCAACACAAAUAGGCAGCCUGAACUCAGGACCCACACAUAUGCGAGUGGUGGCUCCUGGGGAGAGACUGGAGGUUCUCAUACAGUUUUUCCCACAGAUAACGGAAAAGACACUAUUGAGAUCUCUGGGAACCAGAGGUUCAUUGCAGCCAUGGAGCAAAUUAAACAACAAAUAGCACGCGACAAUAUCAACUUCGUCCGCUUUGAAGCCACUGACCUCCAUGGGGUGUCAAGGUCCAAGACAGUACCUGUUCGCUUCUUCCAUGAGAAAGCAGUAUAUGGGGUACCAAUGCCAAGAAGCUAUUUGGAGCUAACCCUGAGCCCACAAAGCAAUGAAGUGGACCAUGCAAACACUGCCAACUUCAGUAGUGAUGUCCUUCUGAUCCCUGACCUUUCGACUUUUAGGGUCCUACCCUGGGCUGAACAAACAGCACGGGUCAUCUGCGACCCAUGCACCGUGACCGGAAGCCCCCUUCGCACUUCACCUCGCCUCAUUGCCAAGCAGCUUCUCGGUCAGCUCCAAAGCCUGGGUUUCUCCCUGCACUCAUCCUUCACCUAUGAAUGUUGUGUACUAGGAGCGCCGGACCGGAUUGGACCAAAGACACUCCUGUUCCCUGCCACAACACUGCUCAGCAACCAUGACCUGCCUUUCUUCCAGCAGCUGGUGGACAGCAUGUACUGCAUGGGGGCUGACAUAGACAGCAUCGCUUCUGCAAGUGGCCCUGGGCAGAUGGAGAUCAACCUGAGGCCAGAGUUUGGGAUUGCUGCCGCUGACAGCGCCUUCACCUUCCGCACCGGCAUCAAAGAAAUGGCUCGCAAACACAGCUACAUUGCCAGCUUUUUUACUGACGAUGGUCUAUACAAUGCUGGGGUGCUCUCUCAUAGCCUGUGGGAUGCUAAUGGGCGACGCAGUCUCUUCCACAGUGGAGAGAAAGCAGGCGAGGUGUCUGAGAUUGGUAGAAAAUGGUUGGCAGGCCUCCUGACCCACUCUGCUGCCCUGAGCUGUUUGAUGUCACCCGGCCUGGGUUGCAGAAGUCACAUUGCCAAAACCAUCAAAGAUCCCAAGCGGUUGCUGUAUGCCACUUGUGGCAGCAAUGAUAACAGCAGUUCCUUCAACAUAAAGUGUCACGGUGGGAGGGAGACACACAUUGACAACAAGCUGGGCUCAGCCAUGGCCAACCCUUACAUUGUUCUUGCAGCUACAGUGGCUGCAGGACUGGAUGGUAUCAGAAGAAACCUCAAUGUUGAAAGCAGUCUUAACAAAGCCCCUAGCCAACAGAGGGAGUUCACCAUUCCAGUAAAGCUUGAUGAUGCUCUGGAGGCGCUGGGGGAGGAUCAUGUCAUCCGCAGUGCCCUUGGAGAGCCGUUUAUUCAGUAUUUCAUCGCCAUGAAGAAGUUUGAGAUUGAGACCCAGGAAAUGAAUGAUGAGAGGAACAAGUGCUUUGAGUAUUUCAUAUAGAAACCCAGAAUUUACUUUAUACAAAACACACUUUCUCCUGCCAAACAACUAAAAGCAUGUGAAGCAGCUGCUUGAAUGUACACAAUUUUAUUUUAUACAAUGUUGAUACAUUAUUAUUAGACACACUGUAGAUAUUUUAGAAGAUAUUACUUCAAAAUAAAGGCAUUAAACCCCCCAAAUAAAAAGCAGUAUUGUGCUAUUUUUUUGUUGAGCUAUUUUGUUGUUGUAUGCACACGGCAAAACACUGUUCUGGACAAUGGUUUUUAACCAGAAAACUGACACAUUACUUCAAUGUGCAUGCACAUUAUCCAUACCAGUAGUAUCAAACCAAAACAGGCCUAUUAUCUGCAAUAGAAUGCUACAGUGUUAGCAAUAGCACAGAAGGGCUGAGUCAUUGUCCAUUUGGUCACAGAUUUUCUCUGACCUCCCACCUGAUGUUCUCUUACAAGGUAACACAAGAAGAGCUACUGUGCAUGCUACAUCCUUCCCUUUACUUACUGCCACACAUCCUCUCUGCCCUGCAUAUUUCACAGGCUACAAAAUGUUUGUAUGAGCAGUUCCUCCAUGUUAAUGUUGUGUUAUAGAUUUAUUUUGAUCCACCAGUGCUCAGGCUUUAAAAAUAUGCUUUACAACAUACAUAUUCAAAAUUUAUUGUGCAUAGACAGAUUAGAGAGAUUUUGAUUUUGUAAAGAUUAUGAAUCUUUGACAUGUGACAAACAUUACACAAGAAAUUAAAGUAUAUUUUAGAGAGUUAAAAUAUCAACUGAUAAUAUGUUUUAAUGACAAAGACAUAUGCAACAAGCAGAGUCCUUUGCCCAUCUGUGCUAAAACAUUUGCAAAAGAAGAAUUAGAAAUGCUUUAUUUUGUGCAUAAGAACCAAAAAGUAAUGAAGAAUUUUAGAUUGUUUUGACAAAUUCAGCUAUUAUUUAGGAGUGGAGCCCAAGCAGUUGAGAAAAUUGCAACAGUUUAGUUUUCUGGUGUGUAAUAAGCAUGUUACCGUCUUGGGGUCCCUAUCUUGGCUGCAGUUUGAUAGACUUCUUAUUUUUUUCUGUGGCCUCAGUAUAACUAAAUUUUUGACUUAAUUAAAAGCCACCACUCAUCAUUGUCUUGCAAAGUUAUGACAUCAUCAUCAAACAUAGCUACCUAUAGCUCCAAUUAUAGUCUUGUGCAUUUCAUGGCAUGUAAGAUAUGCAGGCUGAAUGUUGUGCAAAGGACCAAAAUGCAGACUCUCAGGUAGAUGGCAGUGAAUUUGAAGUGAACCGUUUAUUGGCUUUUUGCAAUAAUACAAAAGGUAAAUCAUAAAUCCAGAAUGGAAACACUGAAAACUAAAAACUGCUGAAAACUAAACAAAUACACUAGAGCUACUAUCACUGGGGUUUAAGGGAAUAGGCACACUGACAAAGGACACACAGAGACAGCAGAAGAUGAGACAAGGAAGCAAAAGUAAAAGCAAAGCAUGAGGAACAACCAGCUCAGAAAAUAAAGCAGGAAGUGCAAAACCUAAACAGGGAAAACACAGACAUGAACGAAUUUAACCCACAACCUUUGAAACAAGGAAGAAACACUGACGGAAGAUUUAAACUCUAAAGCAACUCAGAACUAAGUACUAAAUACGCUAAGAGAAAGAAAAAAAACACAUGAAAGAAAAUAAACAAUAAACAAAUCCAGAAUCAAACAGAAUCUUUAAAUAAACAACACUACAAAGUCCAAAAAAGCAGAAUCAGUGAUUCAAAUGAUGGGUCAAAUGACCCAGUACUGUGACAGUGUUAUAAAGAACAACACCAAGAUGGCGAUCUGUAACACUGAGCAUUCAAGGGAGCUUAUAAAGUAGGCGUGUAACUGUGUCUCCGUUUAACCUAAAAAGCUUUGUAGAAUUGAUGUGAAGAAGAGUAACACUGAUGACUAUGCAGCAGAUAUCUUCCACAGAGACUUAGAAAGCAGUUUAGUGUUCACAGACACUUUAUGAUAAACUAUCUGAUAGAAGUCCAGUGUGAAUGCUUUUCAUAUUUGGAACAUAGUUGCUAAACUCAUCAAAAUACACUGAGAAAAUGAACAGCAUCGUCCAUAUUUUUAAAAAAAUAUAUCAAUAUGCUUCAUGAAUGAUACAUUUUAUGAUACAUUAAGUGAUAAGGAAUGUGACAUAUUUUUGGUGUUUUUUGUGACACAUUGCACAAAAAACACCAAAUCCACCAACGCAGAUGAAUGCAUGCAUUACUGUAUUAGAGUAAACCAGUGUAUGUUUGUUUAAAAAACCUCAGGUACAGGUUAUAACAGUGGGCGUUACUGGUGUGGGUUUUUUUUAAAUGUAGUUAUUUCACAACAAUACUGAACAACAACAGAGGUUUACUGGAAUAUGAUGCAAUCAGGCUUCACACAUCACUGAUCGUUUUGGUGUUGUCAUAGCAUGAAAGAUGCUCUCAUCAGACUAAUCCUUUAGGUAAACUAAAAGAACAAAUACAUUUUAAUAAGACAUACCGUAUCAUUAUAAUUUAGCUUACUGAAUCAAACAUUGCUGAAUGUUUUGCAGUGAUACUGUCAGAUUCACCCUGGUUGCCUUAACUCCUCCUCCCCAGUAAGAUCCAGCUCAGACUUUAACAGCAAAUACCCGAUUUAUCAAGCCUUGUUACUGGCAUCAGUGACGACUAAAGAAAAAAGGUGGAGCAUACUGCUGUGGUGUAAAGAAACUGUUUGUCUAGGCAAGAAAACAGCUGCAUAAGAUAAGAUAAGAUGAUAAGAUAAGAUAAGAUAAGAUAAGAUAAGAUAAGAUAAGAUAAGAUAAGAUAAGAUAAGAUAAGAUAAGAUGAUAAGAUAAGAUAAGAUAAGAUAAGA